GAACGCACCCUCUCGUAUGUCCAAGUAGGCGGUGUUCCUCGGGGCCUUCCAAAUCGAGUUCAAGCCAAGACCGGCGAUCAAAGGGCAAGCGCUGGCGGACUUCAUGGUGGAGUGUGCCGCUCGGGAUGAACCAAGCCAUGAUAUGCCCGAAACUGAUGAUUGGUGGACAGUUUUUACCGACGGCUCCUCCGCAACCAAAAACUUGGGGGAUGGAGUGGUGGUCAUCGCUCUCGAAUGCUUCAGAGCGUAUUACUCAAUCCAGUUUUGCUUCAAGGUGUCGAACAAUGAGGCAGGGUAUGAGGCACUCUUGUGUGGAUUACGCCUAGCAGCCGGGAUGAACGCGACGAAGUUAAGGGUAAAGUGCGAUUCGAAAUUGGUGGUUGGCCAUGUCUCUAGAGAAUUCGAGGCGAAAGAUGAAAGAAUGAAGAAGUAUAGGGAUGCCAUCGUGGAGUUGCUGAAGAGUUUCAUUGCUUACACUAUGGAACAGAUCCCUCGGGCGGAGAACGCUGAGGCAGACAUUUUGUCGAAGCUGAGCUCCGAAACACCUAAGCAUAUCAGGCGAAUGGCGAACGUGGAGGAACUGGCCGAGUCGAGUAUCCAUGCAUUCCCUGUAGCAAUGAUCUGCGCUCAGCCAAGGGAUUGGACGGACGACAUAGUUGCAUUUCUUGAAGAUGGCGUCCUCCCGGAUGAUGCGACGAAGGCCAAGCUGGUUCGGACUAGAGCACCGGGGUACACAUUUGAAGGUGGAAAACUAUACAAGCAAGCAGACAAGUGAGAAAAGGACUUAGAAAAAUUCUAAGUCUUGAAUGAAGAAAUUCUACCCGUUGGUAAGGAAAAAUCAACCUCUUGAUUUUCAACGGCUAAAUUGAAGAUAAUUAAGCUGAUUCAAGAACAAAUGACUUGAAGACAAAGCCUGGACCCCUCAAAUUAAAGAGCUCGUCCAGAAUUCCUAAACAAGCACUAGAAGACAAACAGAGUAAAGAGCUACAGUCCAG